CAGAGUCUUAUCAAAGUAUCAAUGACAGCCACAGCCGCAGCUUCAGCUACAACGCCCGUUAGCAAUCACUUCGAGUUCUUCGUAAACACCUAAACAUCGUAUCAUAUAUAUCGGGCGUCUCUCAAAUGAGAACUGUUACCGCUAGCGCAUCAAUUUUCAUGAUUUUUACUAUUUCGUUCGGCCAGUCAAUUGUCGAAGGAAGUAUCAGCUUCGUUCUGACUGAGCAGAAUCGAAGUUUGAAGGAACAGGCAUUGGAUCGAGCCAAGGCGUGCCAAGCAGUGGAGUCUGUUGUGCCGAGAGAUAAGGAAAAUGCUCUGUCCAAUAGCGAAAGACCUUUUUCCUUCAAACGGAUUCGGAACCCUUGUCGCUCAUAUCUGGAGCUAACCGUAGGGCCAGGGCUGCUAAUCAGGGGUCUGACCCGCUGAGCUGGAGCGCCCUUUCGAUAUCUAGGAUUCUAGGU